AGUUCACUCGACUUUGCAAGAUGCUACGAGCCAGCUGCCGGUGGCUUUCUCUGGCCAUCUGUUUCACUGCGGUCUCCUCCUUCCAACAUGCUCCCUCCCUCGUGCUGCGGAGCACACGAAGCCCCGCCUUGUCGAGGAGAGGAUCAGUAAGUAGCGCAAGAAUGGCGUUGGGUGCGGACUUGGGCAAGCUUUUCGGAGGGAUUGGGCAGGCGAACAGGAUAGGAAGCUUCAGGCAGGAAGCGUCGCCUGUGCAGGCCAAGGUCAGUGGGAUGCGUGAAGGCGACAAGUUGGGAAUAUUGUUUUUGAAUCUUGGAGGGCCUGAGAAGCUGGACGAAGUAGAGGAUUUCCUCUUCAACCUCUUCAACGACGAGGAUAUCAUCCGCCUUCCUAACGCUCUCAAGCCGCUACAGGGCUUCAUUGCUCGCGGGAUCGCUUCCCGUCGCGCUCCUGGGUCAAGGGAGGCAUACGAGUCCAUCGGAGGAGGAUCGCCCAUCGUGAAGUUGACAGAGGAGCAAGGAGACAACCUUGAGAAAGAGCUCAAGAAGAUCGGGAUCGACGCUAAGGUCUACAUCGGGAUGCGAUACUGGUACCCCUUCACGGAGGAGGCGACGGAUCAGAUCCUGUCUGACGGCGUCAACCGGCUGGUCAUCAUCCCCCUCUACCCCCAGUACUCCAUUUCCACCACAGGAAGCUCCAUCCGGUUGCUGGACCAGAUUAUCAGGCAGGAUCCGAAGCAGUGGGACCCUCGUCGAGUAGAUCACACGGUCGUACCCGACUGGUACGAUCAUCCUGGUUACCUCGCCACACAGGCGAAGUUGAUUCUCAAGGAGCUCGACGAGUUCAAGAGAACCCCUAAGGACGUGAAGGUUAUGUUCUCUGCCCACGGAGUCCCAGAGAGCUACGUGGAGGCUGGUGAUCCUUACAAGGGACAGAUCGAGCGCUGUGCCGAGUUGAUCAUGGAGGAAGUGAACAAGGGGAGGAAGGAGGAGGACAGAUACGACUACACCCUCUGCUUCCAGAGCAGGGUUGGCCCGGUGAAGUGGUUGGAGCCAUACACGGACGACGUGCUGAAGCAGCUGGGCGAGGAAGGGCUCAAGAACCUCGUGGUGGUUCCCCUGAGCUUCGUGUCUGAGCAUGUGGAGACUCUAGAGGAGAUCGAUCAGGAGUACAGGGAGGUGGCAGAGGAGGCAGGCAUCACCAACUUCAAGAGGGUUCCUGCUCUCAACAGCGAUCCUCUCUUCAUCCAGGCUCUUGUUGACAUCACCGUCGGGGCGCUGAACCGACCGUCCCUUCGGGUCAGCGAGACUCUGGACCUCUACCAGAAGUCCAACGACAUGCCCGGCUACCCCUGGGAGUUCGGGGUGACCCGCGCGGCGGAGCAGUGGAACGGAAGGCUUGCCAUGCUCGGGAUUGCUGCGCUUGCUGUGGCACAGGUCUACAAGUCCGGCCACUGCCCCACCAUCGACGGGCCAGCAAUCGCGGGCAAGGAACCUUUCUGUGCAGCAUUUUCUGCGGAUGGUUGGGAGUGGCUCUUCGCUGCUGUGCAAUCUUUGUACAACUGAAAAUUUCUAGCACGUCUUUGGAUGUGACGAUUCUGUGAGAUAUGCAAAGAUACUUCCAAGCAAAGAUUUGUUUGUAAAAUGUUAAAACCUGAGAUGUUUGCACACAAGGCAAACAAAAAUAUCUCGACUUCAU